AUGGGGACCCUCAGAAGGAUGCUCAUUCACAUUGGAGAAGAGCCCUGGGCUGCCUCUGUGAGGCAGGCUGGGGACCAGCUGGUUGUUUGUCCAAAGAAAGGAGGUGCCCUGGCCAACGGGAGAAACCGGUCUACUACUGGGGUUACAAGCAGAUGGCUUUUCUCAAAGAAAGUUUCAGGGACGGGCCGUGCUUCCCGGCACCCGAUUGGGCAAAACCGCCCACUGCAGGCCGCGCUCAUUGGAGGGAGCGGGAUGGGGGCGGGCGCGCCGGCGGCGGAGCCGAGCGGAUCGGGCGCCCGACCCGGGCUGCUGCCGGCGCGGGCGGCGCGGGCGGCGCGGGCGGCUGAGGGCCGAGCGCCGCGGGGCCUGAGCGGGGCCGUGCCGGCGGGGCGGUGGCCGCUCCCGGGCAGUGCCGGCUCCCCCGGGGCGGCCGCUCCGGGACGGCGUCUGUCAGCGCUCCUCGUCCUCCUCGGCGGGGCCGCGCACCCGGCGCCGCGGCCCGUCAGCUGUCAGGGGGCGGCGGGCUGCGCGGGACACAAAGAGCGCGCGGGCGGCCGUUGCGGGACGACUGCGCCUCCCAGCCGCGCCCGCCCGCCAACCGGUCCCGACCCGACGGCCCCGCGGCCCCGCACCCGCCCGGGAGCUCAUCGUCCGCGGCCGCGGGGCCGGGAAAAGUUUGCGGCGCGUCCGCGGGGCCCCGACCAGCGGGGACUCCGGGGCGCGUCGUCGGCGGGAGCGCGGUAUAGAUCGAUAGACUGUCUUCAGGGAAGUUUGCACAAGGAUCCUGGCACCACCACAUUUUGCCAAACAUUGUUUCCCGUAAGAGAGGGAAAAGAUCGUGAAUUUAAAGAACGAGAAAAAGAAGAGGAGGCGGUAAAAGAAUCUGGUAAAAGCCAGAAGAAGGUAUCCAAGAAAACACAGUGUCGCAGGAGCCCAGGAAGGAGAGCAAUUCUACGAGAGCAGGAGGCCAAAGGUGGAUCUUGUUUCCAGGCUCAAUUUAAAUGUGAAAAAAGCUCCUUCUGCGGAGAGAACUAGCAGAUCAACCCACAGACCAGCCCUCCAGCCCAUUGUCACGCUGGAACGGGCAGGUCCUUCCAAGGUAAAGCAAGUUCCCCGGAAGGAAGGGUAGACUCGUGAACAGCAGACGGCUUAAGGACACAUACAGAACUCUCUCCCUCUGCCGGAGCAGUCAGUCACCUUCAUUCUGAAUGAUGGCGUCUGUUCUGAAAUACUUCCCUGUACUGCAUUUUUUGAAGGAGCACAAAUUGCUGUACUGUUGUCACUACAGAGCCACUAUGCUAGAUUUCUGAGGAAUAUAAAGGACACACAAAAAAACCUCUGAGGAUGAAAGAAGGGAAAUUCUGUCCCUAUCACGGAAAUUAGAGACAGCUGGACUUAUGUGCGUACCAGAGUGAAUGAUCAAAGAAGCCAUUACAAUACUGUACAUGUAGCUGUGAACAUAACUUUUUGGAGGACAUCAUACUAACUAGGAUUAUGUAGGGGUGCUUUUUUAAUGACAUGAACAAAGCAGUGUUAAUACCAGUAAGGUUUCUGGGUCCACUGUGUUGAGCAAGCAACAUGGAACCAUGGAUCUAGCCGUGGCCCUUCCACGGACAGCCCACGACACUCUGAGUGAGUCACCCAUCCUUUUAUCUCUUGGAUUCUCCUCCAGCAAAAUCAGAUAAUACUUCCUACUUGCCAAUACGCCCUGGAGAGCCCUUGAGAAGCUUAGCCCUGGGAUCCAAAAUCCCAAGGAUAUUCGUAUUUCUCCUGGAUGCCGCCUGGGGUGGCUGCCUAGCUCGCAGGAUCCCCAAACUAGCCCCUGUGGUGCAGGAAGUUUGUCACAGAAAAUGGUCAUUUCUGGACUGCAGGAGGCUAAGCGCUUAUCCACAGCCAUUUAGUACAGGCAUAGACACUUCAUUCAAACUGGGCUGACUAAAUUCUUCUCCCCGGACACCAAACGGAAAGACGGAAAGGCACACAGAGGUUGGAAACUGUCCAUCUAGAGAGUCGGAAAACGUUUCUUUAAAACUCUCAGCUCCUCCCCACACACAUUGGAGGGGAUUCCUCACCGAGCCUACAACCAUCACAGCCGGGGCCUGCUGUGGACCACAGGGACCCACACUCCGCAUCCCUUUGGGGGGAUCCAUUCGGCAGCCCUCCACCCCACCGAGGGUCGAUCACAUGCCCCCAAGACUCAUGCCUCUGGGUAACCCAGGAGCCCCAUGGCCGGGCCCUGGUUCUGGAAGUUGGCCUGGGAAUUACUCUUGCUGGCCGGCACAGCAUCUCUUUUGUGGGACUGUAAGAGACUGAGCUGCUGGGAUGCUGCUGACACACUGAUUUGGGAGCCCUACACACGCUAUCCGUCCCUGUCAGAGAGCAUCUCUAGUGGUAAGAAUAAAGUUUGUUUUGUGAGAC